AUGGCUCCUGUUACAGACACCAACAAUACUGCCAAUGAAACAGCGGAACAAGCAGUUCCAUCUCCAGUUGUUAAAGAAGCUCCAGAAGAUUCUGAAUGGGUUCCACUUGCAAAGAGAGAUAAAAUCUCAAUAUGGAGAAUCUUCGGUAUAUGUGCAUCAAUGUUUGGCUUUCAAACAGUCUUUACAGUCGUUUUCGGUCUUCUUUCUCCAAUCAUGGAUUCCGCAGAAAUUGCAAUUCCUCAAGUUUACAGAUCUUGGAUUUACCUUAUUGGUCCACUUGCUGGAUUUAUCUGCCAACCACUUGUUGGUUUCUACUCUGAUGGUUUGCACGCUAAGAUUGGCAGACGCCGUCCAUUUAUUAUCACUGGCGCUAUUGGUUCUAUCAUUGGUUUCCUUUUCCUCUAUUUCUGCAGAGAAAUCGGAAGAGGAAUCAGCAAAUCAAACCCUCGUCCAGGGAGUAUUGUCUUCCUAAUUAUCGCUUUACUUCUCGAUUUUAUAUCUGUCAAUCUUCUCCAAGCUCCAGCAAGAACAAUUAUUGCCGAUCUCAUUCCAAAAUCACAACAAGUUCUUGGUAACUCAAUUGCAGCAGUUCUUCUUGGUUUAGCUCAAGUUUUCUCUAACUUCAUUGGAGGUUUCAAUGCUGCUAAGCAUACAUCACUCAACUAUCAACAGCUUGUAAUCAUCUGUGGUAUUGUUUUCAUCAUUGUUAGUGUUACCAUCACUGUUUUUACAGCUCAUGAAGAACAAUUUACAGAUGAACUUGUCAGACCAAAUCCAUUUGUUGCCAUUUUCAGACAGUUCAAGGCAAUGCCAAAGCCAUUUUGGAGAAUUGCUAUUGUUUACUUUUUCUCAUGGAUGGGCUACACUGAAUUCAACAAUGAAUGCUCAAGUUAUGUCGGAACAGAUAUUUACAAACUCCGAGGAAAGGAUUAUGAUGAAGGUGUUAGAUUUGGCUUAAUCAUCAUUGGUGUUUCAUCAAUCCUCGUUAUGAUUUGGUCUUUUGUCCAGGAUAUGGUAAUCAAAUGUAUUGGUCUUAAGAUUUCAUAUGCUCUUUCUCAGAUCAUCGAAGGUGUAUGCCUUAUUCCAAUCUUCUUUAUCCAUAACAAGUGGGCUGCCCUUUGUCUUUUGACACCAUUAGGUAUUGCUUGCUCUGUUUUCAACUCUAUUCCUUAUGCUAUUGUUGGUAUGUGCUCCAAGAACGAAGAAAUGGGUACAUUGAUGGGUAUCCUUAACAUCUUCGUUGUCGUUGGUCAGCAAUUAGCUAACUGGAUCAUUGGAUCUGGUAUUGGUGCUGCAACACAUGGAAAGAAGGGACCACUUCUUGGUUCAGGUUGUGUUUUCGCAUUCAUUGCUGCUAUUUUAUGCUUCUGGAUCAUCGUCCCAGAACAAAAGCCGGAAUCACUUGACUUUGAUGAAGAUAAAAAUGAUCUCCCAGCCGAAAAGAAUGAUGAUGCAGUUGAACCUUAA